GGCGGCAGGUUUGUGGGCCCGAGCUGACUGCACACCGCACAACACGAGUUUCAUUCAGGACUGGCCUCGCACGCUGCAGUUCUCCGGCUCCCGGGCCAAAGUUAAAUGCCGCCUGUACCUUUAAAUGCUACCUCAGAGCCUGCAGUGUGUGUGCUCGCCGUCCAAUGGUCUACAUUCUCCUUUUUGUCCCUCCUGUGUCUGCCCGAAAUAUUUUCCGCUAGCGCGUCUCGCAGCCGCUUGGCUGGAGUUCACUGUGCGCCGGAGCUGCGCCGCAGAAGGGGACUCCUUCGCCGCCUGCCUGCCUGCAAACUUCGGAGAAACUUUUCGGAGGCUGCCGCUUCCGCGUUGAGCGCCAUAGCAGGAGGUUUGGUAAACUGGGGGAACAGGGUCCAGCCUAGAUCACCAGCCCUCUGGAGCCCGACAGCAUCCUGCCGAGAGCGGAGCUGGCCGGGCAAGGCGAGCGGAAUAGCGCACCACCACCUCCAGCACUUGGGUUGUGCGGUGCUGCAAAUCACAGGAGACGUUUGUGUAAAACGUUGCAUGAGUCCAAGUCCACGUCUGUGCCUUUUGUUUCUGCACUCUCCCCCCCACUACCACGCGGAUAAUCUGGAAGUGUGACAUUUUGCCGACUCUUUGACAUUAUGUGGAGGAUUUGAGAACACGCCGGGACAGGAUCAAGGUGGCGCAAGAAAAGGUAUCGGGCAUUUCUGAAUUCUUCUCUUUCACCGGGUUCACUCUGAAUCUCUGAUGUCGCAUUUCUGAUACAGCGAUUAACUGUGCUAUGAAGUGGCGUGCUCAGUCAUGAGCCAAGUUAGCUGCGCUUGGAGACGGCUUUUGUACACCCUCGCCUUUUAGCAGCCGAUUAAUACAACCUGACGUUUGAUUACGAGACAGCCGCGUCUAUUCCAAAAAUGGAUAAAUACGAUGAUCUGGGACUGGAGGCGAGUAAAUUUAUCGAGGACCUCAACAUGUACGAAGCGUCGAAAGACGGGCUGUUCAGGACGAAAAGGGACUCGGGCAACAACCCGGACUUCGAAGAGACGAGGAAAGUUUUCGCCUCCAAAAUGACCAAAAUCCACAUGCAGAAACAGCAAGAGGAGAUGGCGAGUAAGCUAGCCGGGGCCAACGGAGGCGCCGGCGAUGUGCCGAGCAGGGCUUCCGACAACGCGUUUUACACCCGAGACAGGCCGCCCAUCAGUAACUUCAGGCAGACCGGAGAAGCGGCCGGCAAACCUCCUAUAUUAUCGGGGCCCAUGCCGGGCUCUGGUCUGUCCCCCGAGGGGCAGAAGCAGCCGCGAAGCCCCCACCACGACGCGCCCGAAGGCAGGACACCGGGCUACAGCAGCACUUGCUACAGAGAGAGCCUGGGGCAGCCCGCUCCCCCCGCGUCCUGUCCAGUGAGCCCCGGCGCCUCCUUCAGCCCAGUCCCUCAGCCUGCCCAGGGCGGUCACCCUGCCAGCCCCCCAGCAGCUUGGGGGACCCCUCAGGAUACGCCCCAGGGAGCCCUUCGUGGCCCCGGGGCAGGUUGUGUUCCUGGCAGCCAGCAGCAGCCCCAGCGGCCGGCUGCCCCCUGCGACCCGAGGCCCGCCGGGCAGAGGUCGGGCUCGUUCUCCAGCGCCCUGUCGCCCACGCUGCCGUCUCCGGGGUCGGCCUUCAGCCGGGCCCGGGCGGGGCCGCCCCCCCAGAGGUCGUCGUCCUUCUCCUCCCCGUCACCCCGGCCCCCAUCCCCGGAGUGGCUGGCCUCCCCCCAGCACAACCCGGGCCCCCCCAGGGCGGUCCGGCUGCCCUGCCAGACCCUCCGCGCGCCGCCGGAGCGGGGCCCCUCCACAGCCGAAAUCAAACUGGAAGCCCUGGCGACGCGUCUGGAGGAGGAGAUGGAGGCCCAGCCGAAGGCUGAUUAUUUUGGCAGCUGUGUGAAGUGCGACGAGGGGGUGUACGGAGCCAGUCGGGCCUGCCAAGCCAUGGGCAACCUGUAUCACGACGGCUGCUUCACCUGCAGCGCCUGCAGUAGAAGACUCAGAGGCAAAGCUUUUUACUACGUGUGUGGGAAGGUGUUCUGUGAGGAGGACUUCCUGUACUCGGGUUUUCAGCAGUCAGCAGACAAAUGCAACGUCUGUGGACACCUGAUCAUGGACAUGAUCCUGCAGGCUUUGGGAAAAUCCUAUCACCCCGGCUGCUUCCGCUGCGUCGUCUGUAACGAGUGCUUGGACGGCGUGCCUUUCACGGUCGACACAGAGAACAAGAUCUACUGCGUCAGGGACUACCACAGAGUUCUGGCUCCUAAAUGUGCGGCCUGUGCCCAACCCAUCCUGCCCUCUGAGGGCUCCGACGAGACGAUCCGGGUGGUGUCCAUGGACAAAGACUAUCACGUGGAGUGCUACCACUGUGAGGACUGCCGGAUGGAGCUGAACGACGAGGAGGGCCACCGCUGCUACCCCCUGCAGGGGCACCUGCUGUGCCACUCC